CCUUCCCGCUCCCACUCGCCCGGCCGCCUCUCAGCUCGCCCUGUGCGCUCCCUCCUCGGCCCGAUGAUGAAUUUCGCCCCGUCGGCCCGCAGCUACCGGUCCUCGAGCAGCUAUCGGUCGUCGAAUGUUUUUCGGUCGUCGGGGUCGUCGGGCCCCCGGCCCAGCAGCGCCGCCAGCAUCUACGCCGGGGCCGGGGGCUCGGGCAGCCGCGUGUCCCGGGUCUUCGUGUCCGGCCCGGGGAGCCCGGCCCGCUUCCAGCCCCGGCCCGGCGCGCUGGGGUCCGGCCCGGGCCUGGGCCUGGGCCUGGCCGGCGGCCCGGAGAACGACAAGCAGAAGAUGCAGGGGCUGAACGAGCGGCUGGCCAGCUACCUGGAGCAGGUGCGGGGCCUGGAGGCCGACAACCACCGGCUGGAGGCCCAGAUCCGCCAGCACCUGGACAACAGGGCCCCCCACACCCAAGACUGGACGCCCUUCUUCAAGACCAUCGAGGACCUCCGGGCCGAGAUCUUUGCCAAGUCCGUGGAGAAUGCCAACCUUGUCCUCAACAUUGACAACGCCAGGCUGGCGGCCGAUGAUUUCAGAAUCAAGUAUGAGACGGAAUUGGCUAUGCGCCAGUCAGUGGAGAGUGAUAUCCAUGGGCUCCGCAAGGUCAUCGACGACACCAACAUGAAUCGGAUGCAGCUGGAGACCGAGAUCGAGACGCUCAAGGAGGAGCUGCUCUACAUGAAGAAGAGUCACCAGGAGGAGGUGGAGGGCCUGCAGAGAGAAAUCGCGGGCUCCGGGCUGACGGUGGAGGUGGACGCCCCCAAGACCCAGGACCUGGGCCAGGUCAUGGCCGAACUCCGGGCCAAGUACGAAGCGCUGGCCGAGGAGAACCGCAAGGAGCUGGACAAGUAUUGGUCCCAGCAGAUCGAGGAGAGCACGAUCGUGAUGACCUCGCGCUGUGAAGAGGUGGAGAAGGCCAGGGGCGAGGUCACCGACCUGCGCCGAAGCCUCCAAACCCUGGACAUCGAGCUGGACACCCUGAGAAACCUGAAGGGCAACCUGGAGGCCAACCUGCAGGAGGUGGAGAUGCGCUACAGGCUGCAGCUGGACCAGCAAAACGCGCUGCUGAUGCACCUGGAGGCGGAGCUGGCCAAGGUGCGGGCCGAGUGUCAGCAGCAGGCGCAGGACUACGGGGCCCUGCUGGACGUCAAGAGCAAGCUGGUGAACGAGAUCGACAUGUACCGCAAGCUGCUCGACGGCAACGACGACUUCAGCCUCCGCGACGCCCUGGACAGCAAGAGCAACAGCAAUCCUGGCAUCGUGCAUAGCUUCCACAAGACCACCCGGACCGUCGUGGAUGGCAAGGUGGUGUCCGAAACCAGCGACUCCAAGGUCAUCCGCCACUAGGCCCCGCCACGGGCCUCGUGUGGCGGCCAAUAAAGGCUCGAAUGGGAUGAA